AUGGUCCCCUCCCCCCACUGCUGCACCCGCAGCAGGGGGAGUGAGGAGAAGGGGGGGGGGGGGGGGGGGCGGGGGGGGGCUGGUGCUGCAGGUCCCCUCCCCCCACUGCCGCAUCCGCAGCAGGGGGACGGGGGGGGGUCGGUGCUGCAGAUCCCUUCCUCCGAGAAGGGUGGUGGGGGGGGGGGGGUGGGGGUCGGUGCUGAAGAUCCCCUCCCCCCCUCUGCUGCAUCCACAGCUGGGGGCACCGGGGCCGCGGCUAGGAGCGACGGGUCGCGAGGGGCCGAGGCUAGAGGCGACGGGGCCGCGUUUAGGGGCUGCAGGUCGCGAGGGGCCAUAGCUAGGGGCGACGAGGCCAGUGGGGCCGAGGGGCGCGGCUAG